AUGUCGUUGCAGAUAUCAGAAGAAACACCACUUGACACCACCUUUCGGAACUAUUCUGAACAACAAGCUUCCGACUAUGCCAAAGGCCGGCUGGGCUAUUCAGACACCCUUGUCCACUUCAUUUUGAAUUAUCACCACUCCACUGGUGGCCAAAAUGGGACCCUUCUGGAUGUGGGCUGUGGGCCUGGUACCGCGACACGAAUGCUAGCACCUCAUUUUGAUAUCGCUUAUGGGGUUGAUCCGGGAGAAAGUAUGAUGAAUUUGGCAUCUAAUUUAGGGGGUCAAACUCGUGUUGGUGAUUCCAUCAUCUACAAGUUGAGUACAGCUGAGGAUAUUGAUAAAAUCGACGGUCUCCCUCAAUCCUCUCUUGAUCUGAUAACUGCUGCUACUGCCGCCCAUUGGUUCGAUAUGCCAAGAUUCUGGUCAGCAGCGGCCACGGUGUUGAAGCCGGGUGGUACCAUUGCCAUAUGGACGACUUUUCGACAACCUGUAACCUCCAAUGGCGAGACCAAGUUGCAGCUCGUAUUUGAAGAGUUUCGGAAUAGUCUGUCACCGUACACAUCUGCCGGCACCCGUCUUACAAAAGAUGGCUAUGUCGAUCUAGUCAUGCCUUGGGACAAUUCCGCCACUGCUCAAUUUUAUGAUGGUCAGAAAUCUGCCCGUCAUGAACUCAGUGCUGCGGACGGAUUCUUUCCAGAUUUGGCCAUGAAGGGUCCAAGUAACGAGUCGCCUCAAAGUCAACUCUACCGGUUUGAGAGGUUGGUGUCGACAUUUGGUACAGUAGAUCGAUGGCGGAAAGCCAAUCCUGAAAUGGUUGGAACAAAGAACGAUCGUGUCAACAUUCUCAUGGACAAAGUUCGCCAAGUUGCUGAGGAAAGUGGGGGAAAGAUUGAUUUGUCAGUCUUGGCGGGUGAGAUGGCUGUCGCACUCAUUCUUGUGAAGAGAAGUGAUGCUCUCCCUUAUGGAGACAUCGUCUCUUGA